UUGCUCUAUUCGCUUGUGAGUGCAUGUUCGGACGUAGCGGUCAAUUUGUUUCAGUGGUAGACGCCAAAUUCCCCAAUUGGAUUUAUUAGCUGGGGCAAAAUAUAAAUUAGGCGCGCCUGUGGUUGAUUUAUAAUUAAUAGAAAAAAUAAAUCUGAUUCUAUCUAGUGUUAAUUUGUGCGAAAUUGUGACAGCGUCAUUCAAAAAUAAAAAAAAACAGUCUAUAAGAAAAUUGACUGUCGUUCCGCGCAAAUAUAUUCCGUAUUUUAAGAGAAAAAUUAGCAGCGGACGACAACGACGGCAGCUAAAGCAGCAGAAAAAGUGAAAAAUUUGAUGUGCUUAUUUGUGUGUGUGAAAAUUUCAAGUUUAUAAAAAAAUUUAUUUGAGAAGAUAAUAAGAAAUUAUAAUAAAUUACAUUUUUUACUUCUUUCGGUCGAAGAACGGGUUGAGUUUGAGAGCAGAACAAAAAGAAAAUAAAUAGCUAUAAUAAGAGAAUUCGUAAAAAGAAGACUACAACAAUAGAGAGCACACGCACUUGUGAAAGGGGGAAAAAGGUGUGAGAGAGAGCGAACGCGGAUCACGCAAUAAAACGAUAUUCGAUUUUCGGACAUAAAAAAUAGUUUUAACAUAAUACUACUUUUACGUAAUUUAUAAAUAUUGUAUUAAUAGCAUUUUCUACACCGUUUCAAAAAACAAGAAGAUAAAAAUCAGCAACAGCCGAAAUUUUUGUGCAGCAGAUAGCCGUAGCAGAAAAAAUAUAUUCACACAACAAAAUAAUAAAUAUAAAUAAAUAUAUAUCAACGUAUAUAUAGCAGCCAUAAAUAAGCGCAAAAACAGCAACAGCAACAAAAAUGACCGAAGUUGAACAGCAGCCACCGCCACAGAAUGGUAUAGACUUGUCCGCCGCCGAGGAAGAUGAUAGCAGUAAAGCGCGACCAGCAGAUAUUGAGCAGGAUAUGCGCGAAAUGGAGCGCCGCAAACGUGUUGAAGCCAUUAUGGGUUCCAAACUCUUUCGCGAGGAAUUGGAACGCAUCGUGGAUUCAGCACGUGACGGUGGCGGCAUACUGCAACAGCUAUCGGACAUAAUGGGCGUACCGACAUCGACGCGUGUGGGUAAUGUCUUCAAGGCUACCAAUUGCAUGCUGCCAAUCAAUGAUAUACGCGGCGUUGAAUCGAUGGGCUAUGCCAAGGGCGAGAAGAUUUUGCGUUGCAAAUUGGCGGCCACAUUCCGUUUGUUGGACUUGUAUGGUUGGACGCAAGGCUUGGGUGCACAAAUUACUGCACGACUCAAGGUCGAUCAGGAGAAUUUCCUGGUGAAUCCGUAUGGCAUGAUGUAUCAUGAGAUCACGGCGUCUUCCUUGAAUAAGGUCGAUAUGCAGGGUCAGAUUGUGGAGCAGGGCACCACCAAUUUCGGAGUGAACAAGAAUCACUUUGCCUUGCACUCGGUGGUGCAUGCUGCCCGCCCCGACAUCCGUUGCGCCAUCUACAUUGGCUGCACACCCGUCGUUGCCGUCUCAUCGCUGAAGGUCGGCCUACUGCCAUUGACCCGUGACGCUUGCGUUCUGGGCGAGGUGACCACACACUCGUAUACGGGCACACAAAUGGAUGCCGACGAACGUGAUCGGUUGGUGCGUGCACUCGGUCCGAAUUCGAAGGUGUUGAUACUCAGUAAUUAUGGUGCAUUGUGCUGUGGGGAAACCAUUGAGGAGGCAUUCUUUGCUGCCAGCCAUAUUGUGAAGGCAUGCGAAACACAAUUACAACUACUGCCAGUCGGUGUGGAUAAUUUGGUUUUGAUACCGGAGGAAUCGCGUAAGGCGAUUUUCGUAGAGGCCCGUCGUCCACCUGAGGACUUGGAAAAGAAAUUCGCCGCUGCUGUGGCUACGGUCGAGGCAAAUGCCGCCGAGGCCGCUGCUGCUGCUGGCGCCGCUGACGGUGAUGCUGGUGGUGCUGUGGUCGCCGCAAAGACCACUACGGGCGCACCCAAGUGGCGUGUGGGCGGCGCUGAGUUUGAGGCGCUUAUGCGCAUGUUGGACAAUGCCGGCUACCGCACUGGCUACAUUUAUCGUCAUCCACUGAUCAAGUCGGAUCCACCGAAACCGAAGAACGACGUUGAACUGCCACCAGCGGUUAGUUCGCUGGGCUAUUUACUCGAGGAGGAAGAGCUCUUGAAGCAGGGCAUCUGGAAGAAGGGUGAUUUGCGUAAGGGUGGCGAUCGCAGCCGAUGGCUCAACUCGCCAAAUGUCUAUCAGAAGGUUGAAGUACUGGAAACUGGCACACCCGAUCCCAAGAAGAUUACAAAGUGGGUCGCUGAAGGUUCACCAACACACUCUACACCAGUACGCAUCGAAGAUCCCUUGCAAUUUGUGCCAGCGGGAACAAAUCCGAAAGAAUUCAAACGUUUGCAACAACAGAUCAAAGACAAUCGUCGCGCUGAUAAAAUAUCCGCCGGUCCACAAUCACACAUCCUCGAAGGUGUUACAUGGGACGAAGCCAAUCGUAUUAAGGAUGCCACCGUUUCGUCGGCCGGAGAUCAUGUUGUGCUAAUGGGAGCCGCCUCCAAGGGCAUCAUACAACGUGGCUAUCAGCAUAAUGCAGCCGUUUAUAAGGCGCCAUAUGCUAAGAAUCCAUUCGAUAAUGUUACCGAUGAUGAAUUGAACGAAUACAAACGCACGGUGGAGCGUAAGAAGAAGAGCAUUCAUGGUGAAUAUACCGAUACUGAUUUCUCCGAAUCAGAGCCACUGAGUUCGAUGCCCAUCUCAGCACCACAACAGACGAAGCAAUUAACAAUUACAACUGCCGCAGUUAGUCAAUCAGAACCAGAAGAUGUUUCAGAGCACCAAGUGAUGAGAAUAGAAACCCAACAAGCGCCAGUUCCAAGCCAACCCGAAGUAGUAUUGAGCGAUGACCUAGAGGAAACCGCUAAAUAUUCCGAAGAAGAAGAUUAUUCAAGUAGUCAGAUAUAUGAAAAGAUCGUUGAGCAAUUGAAUUCGCACAAUAGUUCGGCCACAAACAAUAUUUCGAAUAUGAACAACAACAGCAACAAUCAAUUUUGUACGCAUGAAAUUCACGAAGUGUAUACGAAUGUUGCUGCUGCUUCAGAAUCGGCCAAUGAUCGCACGCAUCAAUCAAAUAAAGAGAAUUUCUUUUGUGGCAAUACUAACAUCCAACGCAACACAGCGCUAAUUGCCGAACUUAAGAAAGAUAUUUUAUACCAACGUCAAAGGCAAAAAUUACACCCGCAUGAAUAUGAGUCGAAAGAGUGCACAAAUAGGCAGGGCAAUAGUAAUACCAAAAAUACCCGUCCGAAAAGUAGUGGUAGUGAAAAGAGUCCAGGCGGCGUUGGUGGUGACAGUGGGGGCGAGCCAGUGGGUUCACCUGUGAAUGAAUCUUUGGGGGGUGACACGCAACAGCGUAUCAAUGUCGAGUCUAUAGGUUUUCGUCCCAUUCAUCCAAUAGAUCCGCGUUCGGAUGUACCCGAUGUUGUAACCCAACAACCGCAUUUUAGCUACAUCGAUCCUAAUAAUAAUGGUAAUGUUGGUGGCUAUCAUCAAGCUGGUGCUGGGGGUGUGCAUUCCCAUCUUUAUCAUCAUCACUGCCGUCACUACCAUCAGCGCCAACGUCAACAGGCUAGCCCGGCAGUAGGUAUUGUCUCUUUACCGCAUUUCGAACAGGCUUUUGGGCAUUUGUUGGAUCGUUCCGCAAACGAUUUGUGCGCGCUCUGUUAUGAUAAUUAUGCGCCCUGCUAUGAGUUAGCCUAUGACAGAUCACAAUAUCCAGGCACUACUAAUUACGGUUCCAUUGCCAGUACAGCAACUGACACCACCACCGAAGAAGCUGAGAAUCCUUAUAAGAAGUCAAAUGCGUGUUGUACGCCAGCUGUUUGUGACAGUAUUUUUGAGUCGUUGCGUCGACCGGCUUCAAACGAAAACCAUCUCAUUUUCAAUAUACCAUUCACUACCGAAUCGCCUGACACGACUACCACCGCAGAACUUAGCACGCCACGCAAAACUCGCGCUGAUUUGCCGCACAAGAGCAACGCUAGUGGUGGCGGCAGAAAAAAUGUGCAACCACCGACUGCACACAGUCCCUACCGCACACUCUCCCACUUCGGUUUCAAUUCACCACAACGUGAUCCACAGCCCGAGCAUAAGCAUAUACCCUGUUCUACGGAGCAAAAGAAAUAUGUGCCCUUGCGCAAAUCGAUUUCCUAUGAAGAGAUAUUUUCAUCGCCGCGUUAUGUUGACCUAUGCGAGCACUGUUUCGAGAAGAUAGUACGUCUGAAGCCCGAAAUCGCGCAGCAGACACAAAUGCGACUACGUAACCUAUGCGAAUGCAAUGGCCAUGAACCUGGCGGUACCUGUGCAGGAAUUGUGUAUCAACCAUGCUCGGACAACAUUGCAUAUGACUAUGUGGAGUAUGCGAGCUCAGACACUACUGAGGAGACGCUGCCGCCGUUUUCAUCACAGCUCGAACCUGUCUUAGAGGUUGUAGAAGAAGUCGACGCGGAUAGCGCUGAAGAUGCAUGCAAAACUAAGCAGGCAUCAGCAACAACGAGGGCACACACUCUUGAUCGCACGUCCUCCAAUUCUAGUUUCAUUGAGAAGAUUAUGCGACUUAACUAUUCCGAGGAGUCGGCGGACUGGAACUUUGCACCUGCGCCACACAAAGUGGCGGGCAGUACCAAUCUCACUUUAGAACUAGAACGCGCCAUCAUGGAGAAAAGCCAACAAGAGCAGCAACAGUCUCAAGAGGGAAGAGACUACGAUUUGAAAAUGGUAACAAAACACUAUAAUACAGAGAAUCAAGCUGAGUUGGACGUGCUAAAUAGAAUGAGCGCUGUGACAGCAGGUGUGAAUGUGGAAGGCGAAUCGUCGGAUUCACCGCGUCCUCUAUCUAUCACAGAAAUUUGGGAAUUUAUGCAGUUGCAAGAUGAAUCUGAUGAAUCACAGCAACAACAGUUUGCUGGUAUCGAUACAGCAGAUUCAUAUUCACAAUCUGCGACAGCCAAUAUUCCACGCAGUGGUUCCAUUUGUUUAUACUACGAACACGCGCGAGAGAGCAACAUCAAUAAAACGACUGAAACUGCAAUUACAUUUAAGGAAAAUACUCCGCAACAAUAUGACGGCAACGUCCCAUGCAAGGUAUCCGGCGCAACCGUAACAUCGUCUGCCGCAGCAUCUGAUGAUUCGGCAAAACAAAAACGACGCCGCUCCUUGAUGACGCGCGAGGAACGUAGUCGUCGCAAACUCAUCUUCCAGGAGUUAUGGGAGGAUCACAUCUACUUUCUUGAUGGUAAAGAAUUGAAUGCAUUGAGCGAUACCGAAUCAGCAAUUGAUGGGCGGCAAGAGCAAAGCGUAGCUGGUGUACAAACAAGUGACCGAAUUGGUGUCGAUAGCGAUGCUGUCAGUGCUGCUGUGGAGCAAGAUGUUACGGACGAGCUUGCCGAGCGCAAUGAGUUAAUAGUUGUGCAGACGGAAGAAGACAAUUUACUGGCCGGUGUGGCACCGAUGUCCGUACCAAGCACCGUACCCAAGCUACUUGAAGCUGAAGUAUUUAACAGUCGUAGUAUUAUACUAAAGAAUUGUUCUAGCAAUACUGCAUUGAGAAUGAGUAACGAUUGUCCUGAUGACCUGGACAAGACCACCCAAUCGGAGACACUAUUGAAAUUGCAGCCUACCGAAGUAAAACGUUUUUCACUUAAUAAUCUAAUAAAUACUCGGAGAGAAUGUGAAGUGGUGCGGACUCCAACAUCUCAGAUAGAGGCGUCGGAAACUGUAGACGAUGGAGCUUCUUUUUAUUACGAACUUCAACCACGCACUGAUGAUGGCGAAAAAUGUGAAAUUUUCUCCACACCAACGCAUAAAGUGCCCACUCCGGAAUCUAAAAAGUGGGAAAGUUCAGCUGCAGCAACCCAAAAUAUGUCCGAUGCAGUUCAAUUUUCGGUCAACAAAGAACGAUCCGAAAAGUUAGUGAAACCCAAAAUUUUUCAAGUAACAACUGCACCUAUUGAAGCAGCACAUUUCGCACCUUCCCUCCAAGGAGACAGAUUAGAACAAGUUUAUGCAGUUGAAGACGAUCCAUCGCUCGAAUCAACACUACUAAAAGGCUUCCACAAGGCCAAAGAAGCGCUGCCAGUCAAAUUGGCACCCGAGAGUUCAUUACAUUUUAAAUCCAAAAGGUCUCUUACAGAAACCUCCGAUGAAAAACGUUCAACAUCUGCAUUAGCAGCUCAAAAAACAAAAAUUUUCAGAAAGUCUUUUGUAGAAACUUCUCCUAUGCCUUACUUUAAAGCAAAAAAGAUUCCACCUAAAUCAAUUCUGGGAGUUGAGUCUGACAGGCCGCCGACACCUAAGCCGCCAACAACCAACUUAAAAUACCGAAAACUGUCAACUCCUGAACCCCAAUCCACCAUUCUUGAGUUUGAAACAAAGUUAGCAGAUAAAUACGCGCGCCUGGUUGAAGAGAGCGCUUCAGAAAGUGAUAGUAAUCAAUCGGCGCGCACAUACAAUGUCCCCACCUCACAGGAGGAUGCAUUUUUUCGUGAAUAUCAGUUGGACAACACUGUUACUGAUGCUACUGCUGAUCGAAUGGAUAUCGAAGAUGACGAAAAACAUCUCAGCACAAAUGGGGCAAAUGUAGAAGGUGCCAAUGUAAUGAAACACAGCAUAGUUACAUGUGCAGAGACUGAGUCUAAUAUAAUUCAAAUAGGUAAAAGCCCAUUUCUUAGGCUUGAAAACAAUACUGCUGCAGCGGGGCAAAUCCAAAGCAAAUCAGAACUGGAAGUUGCAGAAAUUUUAGUCAAUGAGCUCAGUACAAAAAAACUGGAGCGUGCAAAAGCCGGAAUGGCACUACCUAUUGACGAACAAAAAAUGAAGUCGGAUCACGACUCGGGCGUUGGAAACAUUCCGCAUGUAGCGCGCGUUGCUCAGCUAACAACUGAAGCACUAAAAGAGCCUCCAAGUAAGGUAUAUGCCGCACCAAGAAUAACAAAGCGGCCACGAAGAAAUACAAAUGUGCUAGCCAAAUCGACCAGCCAGGUAGCUUCAACAUCUCUUCAAGCAGCACAACAUACAGCGGAAGAGCUAAAGUUGAUGUACGAACCCAAUCUCGCUGCCAAGUAUGUGCUCUUCAAACAGGAUUUUCCUUCGAAAACUUCGACAGCACAUGCAGUCGAGCGGAGCAGAAAUGCCGAAGAUUGCGUGAACGCAUUUGAUAGAGGCGAAAUGGAAUUCGCUGAGUUACUGGAAUCCGAGGAACAUGAAGAUCUCACCAAGUUGAGCGAAGAAUUCGAAGAACUAUUGCUAAACGUUGAAAAUUUGCAGCUGCAACCGCAAACGCGUGAGGUUGGCGGUGCAGAGCCACAUGUAGUUGAAGUGGAUGAAGUAAAUGAGUACGAAAAAAUCAUAAACGAAGCUGACAGUCAUUUAAAUGUAAUGGAACAAAAAAUCUUACGCAAAAUCAGAGAGAAUCAGUUGAAUAAGAGUGAUGAAAUUUUUGAUAAAAUCGAAGCCACCAUACGUAAUAAAAUGACAUCUUCACAGAUUGAAAUGCUGAUCAAGGAACAGUCACUACUAAAUGAGGCUGAUCACACCCUUGAUGAAUCAAAAAUCUUACACAACACUUUCACUGCAUCAACUCCAGAGCGGAUUUUGUCUGCACACAGUACCUUUGGUGAUUCGGGUGGUGAUAGUUUUGUGCGGGAGCAGAUUUCUGGUAUACCUGAAACCGGUACGGAAGAAGCAGUGACCGAAUUGGAGCCAAAUAGCAAUAGCAUAGGUAUAGUGAAUGCAAAUGAAUCUUCCACUCUAACACCACAAAGUUCGCGCGACUGCAGUCGCAAAUCGUCGGGCUCGAACUCUACACGGGGCGAGUUUUCGCCGAAGGCGUCAUCCUUAGUAACUGUAAAAUUACGGCGUUCGCGCUCACUAACACCGUCUACCGGAAAUUGUGAGCUUUCGUCCCCACCGCCUAAACUAAAUAAGACUACAACACCACCGCAGGAAGUUCGCAAGUCUUUGCAAGCGCGCGACUCUAAAGCUACUCAUACGGAUGGCGGCUCUACGUCUAAGGUAGGUGCACGUACCUUAAGCAGAUGGCCGCGAGCUAGCAGCUCUACGCCGGAAAUGAAGCCGUCCAAACGUAAUUUUAUAUUAGAAAAUAUACGCAAUGUUUCCUUACCGCGACACAGUGGGGUUAGUGGUAAUGCUGGUCCAGGCAGCAGUGUCAAACGUUUACAGGGCAAUGCACAGGCGAUAUUUUGCCAUAAUCCCUUCGAAUCAGUAAAGGCAUGUGGCAGUUUUAGCAAAAUAUUGAUGAGCAAUAUGUCCAACAGCAGUUUUGCCAGCUCGUCGACUACCUCAUCCAGUCGCACGCUUACCAAAAGCAAUAGCCAAGCAAACAAAACAGGCAAACAACUGAGUCCACGCAAUUCGUCGAGUGGUGUUUAUACCUUCCAAUCGAAAUUGGUACGUGGCUCGCCACGCUUCUGGGUGAGUCUCACACAACCAAACGCCAAAAAGUUACAAGCACAGAAGCGACGAAGGCGCUCACAAACGCAUCAUCAUCAUCGAACGAUGCGUAUUGAGCCAAACGAUUCUACAAGUAGUUUGCGCGAGUAUGCGGAGUGGAUCGACAAUGAGCAAGAGGAACAGGUGGUGGAAGAGGAGGAGGAGGAGGAGGGUGAAGGCGAGGAGCUAUAUGAGUAUUUUGAGAAGAAGAGUACUAUGAAAAACGAGACGGUAGAAGAGGUAGCAGGGAUGGACUUGGGUGGUGCCAUAGGGCCACAAGAAAUGUCUAAUGAAAUUGAUACCAGUGUUGAUGCUGCCGAUGGGAUUAGUGGUGUGGAACAUGAGAUUGCCGCUCUGGGCAAGGAAAUACAGCAGCUCCAGCCGCGUCUCGACAACUACAAGCGCAAAAUGAGCGAUUUCGGCGAUCAUGUUGCCAAGUGUACGCGUCAUAUGGACGAUUGUAUUACAGUACAGGGUGACAUUGCCGAAGAGCGGCGUCAGCUGCGCGAACAAAUGGCUUUGCAACAGUAUGCGGAGCAAAUUAUGUGCCAAGUGCAAACGUAUUCGCUCUCUGAGACAGAGGAUUAGGGUGUGAUUAGUUUUAGGGACAUUAGCGGGAAAAGAAGACGAACGUGAGGUUUUGUGUGUAGAGUUUGGAGAGUUUUUAGUGUAAAUUUUUUAUUCACGUUAUUGCAAUAAUUUUUUAAUUUAAUUUUCAGUUUUUUCUUCCAUUUUUUUGUUUUGUUUCCAAAUUUUACUUCGCAACAUUUGA